UGGUCGACGGGGCGUCUGCACUUGAAGAAGAUAUUUCCUUCAAGGCACGCACCUUUACAGGAUUCGACGAAAGCAGUCGGACGCCGCUCGAUGGUUACUGAUGGUUGUGACGCUGGUGGCUUAUCGUCAGCGUCCAGUGCACUCUCUGUCAAUACUUAUGCUUAUAGUCUUGUUUGCGACUGGUCCACAACCUGUUUCUCUUGGACAUACCAAGGGUCAUUUUCUAGCACCACCGGAGAGGCAGACAUUUUCUUUCUGACGGGAGAUGCAUGCAACCAGCAAUUGUUUACUUCCCUACCAACAAGUAAAUUGGCGAGUGUGACUGCUGGGUCGUCGCAGACGAUUUCCGGGACGGAAUCUUAUUCAGCAUCGACUGUUUGAAUUGUGACGGGUUGUGAAACAUCUGGUGGCUGUAUUU